UAGGACACUCUUUAUCACUGAGCUACAUCCCAUCCCCAGGCAUUUUAAAUUUAAAAAAAUUUAAAUUUGUAAUCCACCUGUCUCACCUCCUGAGGAGGCCAUGCGUUGCUGGGAUUACAGGUAUACACCACCAAACCCAGCUAGUAUGUUUACCAAUACUUUCUGAAGACUGGUUUAAGAUAGUGCUUUAUGUGACAGUUUGACAAUUGACUCACCUCACUGAGAGCAUCCUAAUUGUCCUUUUUGUGCCAUAGUGAGAUUUCACUGAUUUUGAUACACUGGAUAACUUUGGAUUAUAUCCUGGGUAUUUGAAUAUUAUGUUGAGAUGAGGGACCUUGUUUAAAUCCUAAGCAGAAUUUUGAUUGUUUAAAGUUUAACUCUAGUUAAACUAGAGUUUUCUCAACUAGCCUGAUUAGGCCUGUGUCUGCACUAGUCAGGCUUGGAUCUGUAGCAUACAUCUGGGAUCUGACCCCACAUACACAGCUGGGCAUUAAGCCUGGGAGCUCACAUAGACUUACCCAAUCAUUCAGUCUCUCCCCCCCACAGGCUCUCUGUGGUAAUUUACAGCUCUUCAGGGCCUCCCUUCCAAGGUCUCCAGCCAGAAAUAUAGAGCUUUUGCUUCCCAGCCUGCUACAUAAUUCCUCCAUUGUGUCCAGGCCCACUGCAGGGGCAGAGGGUACAGCAGAGUUGCCCCAUGCUCUGGGGGCUGUAGCUUCCCUCUCAGGGUUCAGAUACCUGCUUGGUGGGCACAGACAGCCCUCACCAUACCGCCAUUGCCACCUCUAUGAAGAAAGAGAAAAAUGGAAAUUCCCCAGACUCUCUAACCUGUAGGGCUUCAUUUCCUCCUUCCUAGACACAUUCUCCAGGGGCCUUUCUGUCCACAGUAGGUAUACAUCCAGUUUCAAACUGCCUUCUAAUCCAGGCUGAGCAAUAUUAGAAGAAAAAAGUAGUGACCUAUUCCAAUGAACUUUUGAGUGUGGUCUUUCUGAUCUGCCUGCCCCUGCAGCUGAUGGUCAUGGUCAGCAGGGAUUAUAAUGCAGGGCUGGAAAAGAGGGAAGGCCUGCCAGGGAGAAAUCAGGACACCUGAGGAAGGCCCCCCAUCACAUACAACUAACCAGAUUGAACAGAGCAAAGCCACUGGUGGAACUUGGCAAACAUAUACCUACAACACAAGUAUUGCAGACAGUGCACACAGGCACACAAGGAAUAGAUUUGUGCACACAAUAAUUUGCUGCACACACUUGAUACGGAUGUGUACUUGACUCGUACACUUAGACUCACAGACCUACAUACAAGGGUGACACAUGCACACAUCCCUGGGCUUUUCUUGACACUGGUCCAGUUUCUUGAGACACAGGUUUGUCCCAUUUAAUUGAGAGGGGCUGGGGAUGUACUCUAGAACAUUUGCCUGGCAUGUACAAGGCCCUGGAAUUUGUUCCCCAGCACCACAGAGUGACCCAUAAAGGGGCAGUGAUGGAUUGAUGGGGCCGCAGAGUUCUGGCCUCAAGGAUCCUCCCCCUGGAAAGCCAGCCCCCACUUGCUCCAGGCCUGACUUUUGCCCUUCACCCUGGCUCUGCUCAGCAGCCCCACCCAACCUGGGCCCUAGGCUGGUUAUAGACACGUCAGCAGAGCUGGGUCAGGGGCUGGUGGUUAUGUGAGGCUAUUUUUAAGUCCAGCUCUGUGGCUGGCACUCCCACCCCCAGCCACUCUGCCACUACUGGCCACCUGCCGCCGCCUGUCCCGCUUGGAAUGCUGAUUGGCAGUUGGCUGGGAUGGGGGUUGGGGACAGACCGUUAUAAAGCUCAGUGUGCUAGGGAGGCAGCUGUCCCUUUCUGGAGCCCCUGUGUCUCCCUGCCACCAUGGCUACCCACCGCCUAGUGAUGGUCCGCCACGGUGAGAGCACAUGGAACCAGGAAAACCGUUUCUGUGGCUGGUUUGAUGCAGAGCUGAGUGAGAAAGGGACAGAGGAGGCCAAGCGUGGGGCCAAAGCCAUCAAGGACGCCAACAUGGAGUUUGAUAUCUGCUACACAUCAGUGCUGAAGCGGGCCAUCCGGACCCUCUGGACCAUCCUGGAUGGCACAGACCAGAUGUGGCUGCCUGUGGUGCGCACUUGGCGCCUCAAUGAGCGGCACUAUGGGGGCCUCACAGGCCUCAACAAGGCAGAGACCGCCGCCAAGCACGGGGAGGAGCAGGUGAAAAUCUGGAGGCGCUCCUUCGACACCCCGCCGCCCCCUAUGGAUGAGAAGCACCCCUACUAUAAUGCCAUCAGCAAGGAACGUCGGUAUGCAGGCCUGAAACCUGGGGAGCUGCCCACCUGUGAGAGUCUCAAGGACACCAUUGCCCGGGCCCUGCCUUUCUGGAAUGAGGAGAUUGCCCCCCAGAUCAAAGCUGGCAAGAGAGUGCUCAUUGCAGCCCAUGGGAAUAGCCUACGGGGCAUUGUCAAGCACCUGGAAGGGAUGUCAGACCAGGCCAUCAUGGAUCUGAACCUGCCCACUGGGAUCCCCAUCGUGUAUGAGCUGGACCAGGCACUGAAGCCCACCAAGCCCAUGCGGUUCCUGGGAGAUGAGGAGACAGUGCGGAAGGCCAUGGAAGCUGUGGCUGCACAGGGAAAGGCUAAGUGAGGGUGGGUAUGGCAAUAAAGACAACUCUCUGCA